UUAAAACUGCCUACAUAUCAGGCUCGAUCUCAAAAUUGACUUUACUUGUAAAUUACACUAUUAGCGCCAGCUGUUUCAUACAUAGUUCAACACAUCUUAAAAGUUAAAACCAAUUUCGAUCAGAACGAAAAACCGUAAGCUACUAAUAGUACAUUGUUCAGAAAUCAGAGUUGACAUAUGAACCCUUUUUAAGUGCACGAGGAACCCUGUGAAUGAAGCACAUAUAUCAAAGCUAGCACAAACGUCAAAUCAUCAAUAGCUUAUCAUGGCAGCAGCGUCCGGCAAUCAGCUGACCGAGAGCCGGACGCACUUCGCCCAUCCACAGCACCCGCUUCUCAAGACACAGUACGGCGGCGGCGAGCGGCAGCCGAGCAGCCGCCACGUCUGCCGCAUCUGCGGGACUCGCGUCGUCGCCGGCGCCGGCUACCGCUGCGACCACUGCGACUUCGACAUCCACGAGGCCUGCGCCGACUUCUUCCCGGAGAAAAUGAUAACUCCACCUCCCAACUUCUUCGGGCAUCCGUGGUCGCACAACCUCGCGCUCAGACAGGUCACGGCGGCGGAUGGAUCGUGGCCGUGCACCCUGUGCCGGGGGCCCUUCCAGCACGGCCACCUCGCCUACCGCUGCGGCGCGCGGAGGUGCGGGUUCGCCGCGCACCCGCUGUGCACGAUGCUGCCGGGAGAGAUCCGCAGCCCGCUCCACCGGAAGCACGCGCUCACCCACACCGAGCUCAUGCUCAUCCCGUCCGGCCCGUGCACACCCGCCGAGAUGGCCCGGGUCUGCUCCGUCUGCCGCCGAGACUGCUCCACCGUGCGCACGCGGCACUACCGCUGCGCCGCCUAGCUGCAUGUUCGUGCUCCACAUCGGCGGCUGCGUUUCCGGCGUCCCGCCGCCGCCGGCGCCGGCCGGCGAGGACCAGGGUAGCAGUGGUCCUGACGGCGCGAGGGGUUCGUGCGGCGGAGCUGCUGCUGCUCCAGCCCCCGCCGUCGCGAGGUUUCUCGUCGUGGUCGCGGAGCAGCAGCUGGCGGCGGAUUUCCCGGCUGCCAAUGGCAUGGUGGCGGUCAUUAACGCCCUGCAAGCUUCGUUGAGCUCGAACGAUUAAUUACUGGUACAGCUAGCCAGCUGAACUUUCGUCCGAGCGAUUUGUCAGUUACGUAUACUACAAUUCGUUUAUGACAAUGUUUAAAUCAAGUUAUUGAGUUAUUGAGUUUAAAAAUUUAAAAAUUAUAUAAAUAGGUUUACCUUGAAAAAUACUUUACUAGAAGUAUACAUAUAUCACUUUUCAAUAGAUACUUUUGUAGAAACAAGAAGUCAAAGUUG